UGCGAGCCUUCUGUGCGUCGAUUGCCUAAUCAGAUUCAUGACGUCAAACGCGUCAUAAUAUAUCCGCUUUAAUCGUGAGACAUAUGUACACAGUGCACGGCGGACAUCAUUUUCGUAUUUGCACUCACAGACUGACAGUGCGAGACAUUGGUAGUGAGGCGUGCACCAAGCACUGUUUUUGCUGCUACUUUCAGUUGGCAGUGCGAAACUAGGAAUGGCGAAUGCACCGCAGUACGGGGAUGCUCAGCCCCCUGCAUAUUCACCUUACGGAGACGGAGGUAUGAAGGCUGACAUGGCAGGCGGUGCCGGUGGUUAUCCUGCCCAGGGCGCACCUUACCCGCCGGGAAAUUACCCACCCGGGCCAUCCGCUAAUUACCCUCCUGCCGGCUACCCGGCGGGCGUAGCGUAUCCGGUUGUUGUUCAGCCACCAUUAACUACAACAACUACCACAGUUGUGCAUAAACAAGGGGUCAACCACUGUCUCCACUGCUGCAUUAGCAUCUUCUGUUUCCCGUGGAUCAUUGUUUGGAUCUGUCUGUGCAUGGCCGAAGAUAACGAGACGACCCAGCGAUCUAUAGUGGUACAUCAGUAAUGCUUCUCAGAUACUCUAGGACCAACAUAACGCUAGACUGCAUGCUUUAAAAUAUAUUAAAUUUUAUAAUAAAAAAAAUUAGCACAUUAUUUUAUGAUUAUAAAUUGAUGACUUAUUAGUUCUCAUGGUGUGUGAACUAGAUUGUAUUGAAUUUUAUCAUGACACAUUUAAUUAAGUUUUAAAUGCAAGAAAAUGUUACUUUUACUGUGUAUAAAAGAUUGGGAAUCAUGGAUGAUAAAAGCACUAAUAUAUACUUGUUAUACUUAUAUCUAUUCAUACAAAAUGUAUUCCAGAACACGAACAAGUUUUCUAAGAUAUGUUAGUAAUUCCAAUUAUUUUGUCCAAAUUAAAAAUUAGGCCAUAAAAAUUAUGUAAAA